AUGUACAAUCAAAAUCGUGAAAGGAGGCAGGGAUUCGCACUGAUGCUUCUUUUCGGUCAGAUGGCCCAAAUUGGUUUUGACCAAAUACCUCCGGUUACAUUAGUUAUGAUCCUCGGACAAGUUGCCAUAUUUUUGAGACUGUUUAAGCUUCCAUUUCGGUUUGACGUGGAGGCAUCCUGCAUAAGCGCCUUGCAUGUUUGGUACAGAGAGGACUACUUGAGACUGAUCUUGGGAGCCCUACAGCACGCAGACGAGUGGCAUUUGUAUUAUAACAUGGUAUCAAUGCUUUGGAAAGGCAGAAAACUUGAACAAAAAAUGGGAAGUGUCAAAUUUGCUGUGCUGUUACUGAUAUUUACUCCUUUAGUUGGAAUUACAUUACUGUUGCUUACUGUGUUAUCUGAACUUACAACAAAUGACUCAAUGUACAUUUCUCAAUGCCAUGUAGGUUUUUCAGGAGUUCUGUUCGCUUUGAAAGUUUUAGUCAAUCACUUUGAACCCGACAGCAGCCAUAUUGUUAUGGGAAUAAUACCAGUCUCAUCAAAAUACAUCUGCUGGGUUGAACUUGUUCUCAUCCAUUUUCUCGUACCAAACUCUUCUUUUCUAGGUCACCUGGCAGGUAUUUUAGUAGGGGUCUGGUAUAUACAUGGACCACUUCUAUCUUCAAUCAUAGAUGCACUAUCUCAGCCAUUGAAAGGUAUCUUGAUCAACUCAUAA